UUAGGGUUUGGAAAUGGAGGAGAGUUUGUUCGACGACGAGGAGCGUCCCAUCAAGAGAAAGGUACGUUUCCAUCCGGCAGGAGAAGAGAGAGUGAAGAGGCAGCAGCUGGAAGGUGCUGAGUUCUUUCUGGUCCCUGAUGAGAUUACCAACGCGAGCAGAUUGUGGCAAUGGAUCAAACAGAUCAAUCCGAAUGUUCGGGCCCGUCUUACUCCCCAGGGUUGGAUGGCGAUGGUGGGCAGCAGUGUGAGAGAUGGGCCUCUUCCGCAUGAAUUCGACUUGCACUUCCGCGAGGCUCUGUCCGCCAGGGUUGAAUGGAUGGAGGAUCUAGUCUCCCGGAUAGAUAACUGGAGCGAUGCUAUUUUGACGCCAGACAAUGUUAUCACGCCCCUGCCCUGGCCGUUUGUGCCCGUGGAUGAUUCUACUGCUGCUGCUAGUGACUUCAAGUUGCGCGUCUUGGACUUGGGUGACAACGACACGCUCCAGUCUAUCUGGGGUAAAGAGAGCGCGGUGAAGAUCCUGGAAAGGGAAUGCUACAAAGAGCUUUGGGAGGUUGGAGUGAAACCGUUGUUUGAGCAGAAUCGCAGGGUGGCCAUCUUGGUUCUGGGAAACCCAGGCAUUGGAAAGACCGGUUUCUUGCUCCACGUGCUCGUCAUCUUGCUCAAAGAGAAGAGGAAAGUCUUGUUGCGAACAAAAGGUGGUUCUCUUUACUACUUCAAUCCAGAUGCGGCUGGGAACUACCAUACCUCCAUGGUUGGGAGUUAUAGCGAGGCGAGGCUGGACAGGGAUCGAGACCUUGUCUUUCUGGCGGACGAAAAGCUACCGGACGUGCCCGUUUUUCUUGGAAAGGCGCUUCUUGCGUCUACACCUCUCCGGAGCAACUACAAGGACUACGAGAACGAUGCUGCGUGCAGGAAGUUUUUUCUACCGGUCUGGCCUAGCAGGGAGCUUUCACUUCUGAGGCAAGUAGUAUUUCCGGACAAGGAUCUGCAGGCUACGAAUGAGAGAUACAAACAAUGGGGUGGAAUCCCGAGAUAUGUCUUGGAGAUCACCUCGGAUGAUUUGGUAGGCAUCAUUCAGAGAAUGCCAGCCUUGGCAGACGUUGUGACAGCCACGUCUUCUGGUGCUGUCGAGUCGGAUCAUCCAAGUCAUAAAGCUCUCUAUCUACGAGUCCGUGACAAUUAUAAGAGCUACGACUUGCAGUAUGCUUCUCCUUUUGUGAGGAGGACCGUGUAUGAGAAGCUUCACAGGGAUCAAGUCAACACGCUCAGAGCCUUCGUAUCUUUCAGGGGAACUGCACUGGAGGGAUUCGCUGCUUUGAAAGGAGGCAUUUUACAAGAACACUUCAGAAAUAUCUCGCAGAACGCCAAGCUCUUCAGAGUGUGUGAGGUCUUUGAAGACGUGGCUACUAAGUCGACAGGACCUUUAAUGCAGGAAUUUGCUUUCGGCAAGCCUGUUACAGUUUGGAGCGUUGAUGACUUGACUUCACCGUACGUCUACGACUCUAUAGUAUGGCCGGAGAACCCCAUCGAGGACACCUUAGACGCUCUGCUCCUAACCAAGAACGCUGCAAAACAAGAUGUUUUGCAGCUCUUUCAAGUGACAGUGACCUCUGGAAGACAUGCCCACGGGCUUAAAUACAAUGGACUCUUGAGAGUGAUGGACAACUUUAAGGUUCCUCCAGCCCGAGUUGACGUUUACAUAGUUACUACGAACGAUCUCUUUGCAGAUGCAGGCUGGCAGAAUUGGAGGAUCAAGAACAACAAUGUUUUGGCUGACAAGAAAAUCAAGCAGCGGCUCAUCGGUAUUCGGCAGUUUGCAUUGGAUUCUAACGCGUAGGCUAAGUGCUCUAAGUCCUUCCCAAUUCUGGUUUGAUUUUUCGACAAUUUAUUGUAUGAAUAACGAUAAAAUGUAUUCUGUAGGUUGAAAUAUGUGUGGUGGGUUCUGGUAUGAACGGCGAUACAGAUCCAUCUUUUCUUCUAGCCUUAACAGAGAAACAGGAUUGUGUCAUUGGUCUUUAUGUAACUGAUACGUCAAGGGCGUUGUGUAUGCUUGGUUCGGGACGACUGUACCAGGUGAAAACUGAGGACUAUCUUAACCGAGUUACGGCCUGUUGAACUCGCAUGGUUUUCUGGCGGAUGCAACGGAGACAGCGCUGCGUGAAAACACAAAAAAACCUUCGUUCACUAAAUUAACUCCAUCUAAAGAGUUUUGGGAUGCCGACCAAACGUUAAAGGAAAUUGAAUCGAUCCUAUA